AUGGCAGAUACCGAGCAACUCAAACACAAGGCGGGAGACCUCCAUGAGGUUGAUGAUGCCCGCGUGUCCGCUGUGGACAGUCCAAGACAAAGUUCUGACAUCGAUGCUGUUAGGCUUUCGCGGGCCGAAAAGCCGAAUGAUGCGGCUGUGGCUCGGGAUAGCGACCACGAAGAACGUCCCGACGCGAGCGUACCGUGCCCACCCUCGAGGUCUACCUCUACUCAAGACGCAAACCCAGCGCCAUCCGACACAUCGGGCUCCUCUGGGCACCGGGCUUCAAGGGCCGUUGUUUCGAUCCCAGACUUACUUUGCGGGGGCCCCCCGAGGGCUGUCCCCCCGAACCCAGCGUCACCCUGCGGGAGCUCUUUGACCACCAACCUUUCGAUUGAUUCCUCCCCAUCUGGAAACACGCCUGGUGCACCUAUCCGGACACUGAAGAGAAAGGAGAGCCAGGAAGAUCCACACGCCUCCCAAAACAAGAGGCUACAACUGGGCCUGCAGAACCCAAGACAGUGGCGCCAUAACUAUAUUGGUUUAUGGGCGUCGUCGGUUGGGGGAGGGCGUGCUUUCCAAGAGUUGAGGGAUGCCUGUCGUUAUUGGCUAUGUGCUCCUCAAUCGAAAAUUUCACCCGUCUUCGGCACGAACCCACGUCAAGUGCUGGAAGCGAUCAAGGGUCUUGACAAGACACAACACCUCAAUUGCUAUCUCGGGCGGAUGGGGAUCGCUCAAUUGGCCGGACUCUUCAACUACGCUACCGCCCGAAGCCGACGGCCAUGGGCGGAAACCAAUGCGUACAAGGCUUUGAUCGAACAGUAUUGGAGCAUUCCGUUUCCAGAUGACGCCCAGCUUCAAAGGGAUGGCCUGAUCAAUACCGCUAUCCGUGGGGCAGACGAAUGGAAUGCGGCGAAAAGGUCUCUGCACGAUUACAUUAGAAGAGGACGGCGAUGGCUCGACAUCAUCGAAAAGUUUGGACCGCUUGCCAUGUUCCUUUUCCCUGUCAAGUGGCCCAACUUGAACGGAAUUGAAGUUUCCGCGAGUGCAGAGUUCGAACGACUCAACAUGGAGUUGCAUACGAGAUUGAUGGGCGAAAUCGAGAAUCUGAGGGGGGAAUUUCUACGACAAGCUGGACGUGGAGGGUUGUUUGACAUGCUCGCGAGGACGGCUUAUGUACACGAGGUGGACGCGCACGUCCCACUCUUGGAGGUGGGCGACGACGACAUUGAAGGCCUUUGUGAUGGUGAUGGACGCUUCGUCGACAUGGUGACAGUCAGUGCUGGUACCUUUCACCCGAUCGUGACUCCUGCGGGAAUGAUGUGA